CCCACGCUUUCAGCACCAAGCCCUCCUUCCAUCAUUUUUCUUUAUAUAAUUUUUAACCUCAACCCUUCUUUUCCCUCCCUGCCUUCUCCAGCCAAUCUCUCCUCUGUCACUUUCCCGUUACAUAUUUUAAUCCCAGCCUUCUCCUCCCCGCCUCAUUUUACCCCCAAUUUCAGUUUUCCCAUCCCAAUUUCACGUGAUUUCUCCACAGUCGCUGCUCCAGUCCCACCCUGGCUUCGGCCUUAUCAGCUCCCCACAUCUGCUCCCCACAUCUGCUCCUUCAGAGGCACCGAGGAGGAGGAGGAGGAAGAAGAAGAGGAAAGAAGAAGGAGAGGAAAGAAGAGGACAGGAGGGGAAACAAGUAGAAGCAUAAGGAAAGGAAGAAGAAUGGGAAAAAGAGGAAGAAGGGAAAAGGAGGGGUGAGAAAGAGGGAAAGGAAGAGGCAGAGGAAGCUCAUCCUCCUGCUCAUCCCGAACAUCCACCAUCCCGAGGGAAGCUCAUCCUCCUCCCGAUCCCGAAUAUCCACCAUCCCGAGGGAAGCUCAUCCUCCUCCCGAUCCCGAACAUCCACCAUCCCGAGGGAAGCUCAUCCUCCUCCCGAUCCCGAAUAUCCACCAUCCCGAGGGAAGCUCAUCCUCCUCCCGAUCCCGAAUAUCCACCAUCCCGAGGGAAGCCCCUGCCCCAUGGCAGGCCCCAGCCCAGCCGAGCAGCUCCAGGCCGAGGCCUCGUGCCCGGUGUGCCUGGAGCUCUUCCAGGAGCCCGUGUCCAUCCCCUGCGGCCACAGCUUCUGCCGCGGCUGCAUCGAGCGCUGCUGGGAGAGCUCCCGGGGCUCCUUCUGCUGCCCGCGCUGCCGGAACGCGGCCCCGGAGCCGAGCCUGAGACCCAACCGGGAGCUGGGGCGCGUCGCCGACAUCGCCCGGGAGCUGCUCCCGGCGGCGGGGCCGGGCCCGGUGUGCGGGCGGCACCGGGAGCCGCUGCGGCUCUUCUGCCGCGAGGAGCGGGCGCUGCUGUGCCCGGCGUGCGGCCGCUCCCGGCUCCACCGCCCGCACCGCGUCGUGCCGGCCGAGGAGGCGGCGCGGGAGUUCCAGGAGCAGAUCCAAAGCUGCCUCCAGGCUUUGAAGGAGGAGAGAGAAAAAUACCUGGAAAGCCGAAAAUCGGGUGCUCGGAGGAGUUCGCACCUGGACAAAACCAGGAGCGAGGGCCAGCGGUUGGCGCGGGAGUUCCGGGAGCUGCGGCGGUUCCUGGAGGAGCAGGAGCGGCUCCUCCUGGCCCAGCUCGGGGACCUGGACGGGGCCAUCGGCCGAGCCCAGGACGAGGCGCUGGCCAAGGUCUCGGAGGAGUUGUCCCAGCUGGACACGCUCAUCUGGGAGAUGGAGGGGAAAUUCCAGCAGCCCCCGAGCCACUUCCUGCAGGACAUCCAGCAGCUCCUGGACAGCUGCGAGAAGAUGAAGUUCCAUCCCCCGGCCGAGAUUUCCGCGGAGCUGGAGAGGAGCCUGGAGGAUUUUGCCCAGAGGAACAUCCUGGUGAGGGGCACCUUGAGGAGAUGCCAAGACAGCCUCAUGUUCCAGCUGCAGGAGCCGGCCGACGUCACCCUGGACCCCCGCACUGCUCACCGGCACCUGCAGCUCUCCGAGGACGGGAAGGAGGCGCGGGGGCAGCUCCUGCCCAGGGACGUCCCGGACCACCCCGAGCGCUUCGACUUCGAGCCCUGCGUGCUGGCGCGGGGGGGCUUCACCUCGGGGCGGCAUUUUUGGGAGGUGGAGGUGGGGCAGGGCGGGGUCUGGGCGCUGGGCGUGGUGCGGGAGUCGGCCCGCAGGAGGGGCCCGCUGAGCCUGACCCCCAAGGAGGGGGUGUGGGCGCUGGAGGCCUUUCACUCCCUGACCUCCCCCCGCGCCAACCUCCGCCUGCAGCCCCCGCCCCGGCGCCUCCGCGUCUCCCUGGACUACGAGGGGCGCCGGGUGGCUUUUUUCAGCGCCGGCGACGACGUUCCCAUCCUGGAGUACACCCGGGCCGCCUUCAACGGCGAGAGGGUCCUGCCCUGGUUCAAGAUCGGCAUCGGGGCGCGGCUGCUGGAGGUGACGCGGAGCCCCCGCUGCCAGGAGCGGGCGGUGGCCGGGCAGGUCGUGUCCCCGCUGGACUGGGUGGGAUUCGGCUUCUCGCUGCGGAUCUGCCCCUGAGGGGGCGGCGGGGAUGGGUCCCGAGCGAUGCCGCGGGAAUUCGCCGCCUCCGCGCCCGUCGGGAGCUCCGGGGCGGCGGCGGGGCUCGACCGGUGGCGGCGGAGCCUGGGCAGGGUCGGUGCGCGGGGUUUUACCUCGCUGUGCCCUCGGCGGGAUGAAUCCUCCCGCGCCUUCCUCCCUUCCCGCAGUGAUUUUUGUCCAGGCUGUGUCCCGAACCCUUCGCCCCCCGUCUCUGUCCACGUU